AUGGCGACCGUGUCGUUACUGAACGUGACAGUCCGCAACAAUCCCGCCGCCUUCAACGCGCCAUACGAGUUUGAGAUCACAUUCGAAUGCCUCGAGCCACUGCAAAAGGAUCUCGAAUGGAAGCUGACUUACGUCGGCUCCGCUACCUCCUCCGAACAUGACCAAGAGCUCGACUCACUCCUCGUCGGCCCGAUCCCUGUUGGCGUCAACAAAUUCGUCUUCGAAGCCGACCCACCAAACACCACCCGCAUCCCUGCCACAGACAUCCUCGGCGUCACCGUCAUUCUCCUCUCCUGCUCCUACGAUGACCGCGAAUUCGUUCGUGUCGGCUACUACGUCAACAAUGAAUACAGCGAUCCGACGAUGAAUGAGGAGCCGCCUGCAAAGCCGGACAUGGACAAGAUCCGCCGCAAUAUCCUGGCUGAUAAGCCCAGAGUGACUCGCUUCCAAAUCAAGUGGGACUCUGAGGAGAGCGCACCAAGCGAAUUCCCACCCGAGCAGCCGGAUGUGGAUCAACAAGAGGAUGACGGUGCAGCGUAUGGUGCCGAGGAGGAGGAGGAAGAGGAGGAGGUUGAGGCUGCUGUAGAAAUUGAGGAGACCGGAGGCGCUGCCAAGGCUGAGGCUGGAGAGGACGCAGAUAUGGAUGGUGUCGAAACGAACCAGGCCAAUGAUGAGGAUUCCGACGAUGGCAGCGAGGAUCUCGAAGCGGAGAGCGACGGAAGCGAGGAGGAGGAAGUGGAGGAGGACGACGGAGAGGAUGUGGAAAUGGACGACGCCAGCGCCCAACAGGCGCAACCGGCUCCACACCAGGAUGUAAUGGUUCACUAG